CUAACAAUGUCUCGCCGGCGGCGGCAGGGCUCCGACUCCGACGGCGAGGACGACAGCUUCCUCUACCGCUACCCGCUGCCCACCUCCGCCGCCGCCGGCGCUUCCGGCGCCCACGGAGGGGGCGGCAAGCCCGGCAGGGGCGGCGGCAGCGGCUCGGGCGGGCUCGCGCCGUCCAAGUCCACGGUGUACGUCUCCAACCUGGACUUCGCGCUCACCAACUCCGACCUGCACACCCUCUUCUCCCGCUUCGGCAAGGUCGCCCGCGUCACCGUCCUCAAGGACCGCGCCUCCCGCCGCAGCAAGGGCGUCGCCUUCGUCCUCUUCGUCCGCCGGGAGGACGCCGCCGCCGCCGCCGCCGGGAUGCACGGCAAGCUGCUCAACGGCCGCACCCUCGCCGCCUCCAUCGCCGAGGACAACGGCCGCGCCGCGCAGUUCAUCCGCCGCCGCGAGUACCGCGACAAGUCCCACUGCUACGAGUGCGGCGGGGAGGGCCACCUCUCCUACGAGUGCCCCCGCAACCAGCUCGGGCCCCGCGACAGGCCGCCGCCCUCUAAGAAGUCGCGCCGUGGCGCCGGCGCCGGACGCGGGGGCGGUGGCGGCGAACGAGACGGGCCCUCCUGGCAGUCGGACGAUGACGACGGCGUCGCCGCGGCCUUCGAGGACGACAGGUGGGCGUCGGUGGUGGACACGAGGGGAGAGGAGGAGAAGGCGGCCGAGAAGACGGCCGAGAAGGCGGCGAGGAAGGAGAAGCGGAAAGGCUACUUCAGUGACGAGAGCGACGAGGAUGCUGACUGAGUUUCUUCAGACUGUGGUUUCUAGCCUUCUUGUGAGAUAGUGUCUUCUGUAUCCCAGUUUCCAUGGAUUUUUAUCAGUUGAUCAAUGAAUAAUUUCAUGUUGCAAA